AUGGGUUACCUGAAGCUGCUGGUGAUGAUGGACUUCAAGUCGUGGCGGGGGGGCAAAGUUAUCGGCCCCUUCAUGAGGUUCAACUGCAUCAUCGGGCCCAAUGGAUCAGGAAAAUCUAACAUAAUGGAUGCUGUUAGUUUUGUGUUGUGUGAAAAGAUAUCUAAUUUGCGAGUUAAAAGUGUUCGAGAACUUAUUCAUGGAGCACAUGUUGGAAAACCAGUUUCUUCUACUGCUAGUGUGAAGAUAGUAUAUUGUGAAGAAGAUGGGGAGGAAAAAACAUUUUCAAGAAUUAUCCGUGGUAGUUGUUCUGAAUUUCUUUUCAAUGAUAAACCUGUCAGCCGAUCUACUUACGUAUCUGAGCUUGAAAAAGUAGGCAUACUUGUUAAAGCUAGGAAUUUUCUUAUUUUUCAGGGAACGGUAGAAUCAAUUGCAAUGAAAAAGCCAAAGGAGAGAACUCAACUCUUUGAACAAAUCAGUAAUUCAUGGGAAUAUGCUGAAGACUAUGAACGAAAAAAGAAAAAAAUGCAGGAAGCAGAACAGGAUGCGCAGUUUAAUUAUAACAAGAAAAAAAGUGUUGCAGCAGAACGCAAACAAGCAAAGAUAGAGAAAGAGGAGGCAGAACAUUACCAGAUGCUUCUCAAGGAACUGGAUGAAGAAAGGAUACAGCUGCAGCUUUUCCGACUUUAUCACAACGAAAAAAACAUUGACUUUGUGAAAAAAAGUUUGGAUGAAAAGAAUAUGGAGGCUAGUAUCAAGAAACAGUCUCUCUCUACAGCAGAAGAUGCAUUUAGAGCCAAGAAAAAAGUGCUUGGUGUACUAAACAGAGACCAACAGCACAUGGAAAGAGAAAUGAAGACUUUGGAAGCAUCACUGAUUCAGCAGAGAGCCCUCUAUAUAAAAGCAAAGGAAAACACUUCCUACCAAAUCAAGAAAGUAGAAAUGUCUAAAAAAUCUCUAAGGGACAAGGAGAAAUCCUGUGAUAAGGAAAAGCAGAACAUAAAAGAACUAGAGAUAGAAUUGAAUGAUAUUGAGAACGCGUGGAGAGCGUUUGAGAAGAAAGCUGAAGAGAUAUUGCAGAGAGCAGCAGCUAUUGAGCUGGAAGAAAGUCAGUUGGAGCGCUAUAAAGAGCUAAAGGAAGUAGCAAGAAAAAAAGUAGCUACACUAACCCAGCAGCUAGAAAAACUUCGUUGGGAGGAAAAAGCAGAUCAAGAAAGGCUGAAACUUAAUCGGAGGAAGAAAAAAGAAGUUGAGGAAAACAUAAAACACACUGUGGAACAGAUAGAAGAGCAUAAAAAACGAAUAGAGAAGUUGGAAGAAUAUGCUAAGAUAUGCAGUGAGUCAUUAGCAGAGAAAAAACAGCAAGAGGAAGUGCUAACUAAGGAAAUUGAAAAUUCAACAAUACGAAUGACUGAAGUGAAUGAAGAAUUGAACAAAAUAAUUGGUGAACUGCAGAAUGCCAAAAUUGAUUACCAUGAAGGAAGGCGUCAGCAAAUGAGAGCAGAGAUCCUGGAAAGUCUCAAAAGACUAUAUCCGGAUUCUGUG